AAAGUCAAGUAAAAAAUAACGGGGUUAAUCUCUCUCACCUUGACAUCCAAAAGAGAGAAUUAAUAAUUUUACGAGGAAUAACCACCUCCCAAAUCAACCAAGCCUUAAAAGCAAAUAAUCCUUAUCCAGCCAGAGUAUUUUUAAAAGUAGAUAAUCAAGAACAGGAUAUUCCUGUUUUUUUUAGAAUAAAAGGUUCUUAUUUAGAGGUAAAAGGACAUUUUGAUAAUCCCAAAAAUGGCAGUGAUAGACCUAGUUUUACAGCCACUUCUUAUCAACUCCUUGACCCUCAUCUCCAAGGUAAAUUCACCCUAGUCCAAGCCACCCAACAAUUACCUCACUUCGAACAAGAAUUAGCCCAGAUUAAACAAACUCGGGAAUUAUUAGAAAAUCAUGACCAAUAA